CUUGACCCAACACAAUACAGUUUCAAACCUAACCAGCUUAUAAUCCCAAUUUCAGAACCGUUUAAAAUACAGCCAGCACAAUGGCGGCAGACACACCACCAGCCUUGCCAUCCGCACAACAACAACAACAACAACAGCAGCAACAAGACGACAAAACCAAUCAAUUCCCCCUCCCCACCAUCCUCACGUACCCCUCCUCCACCCCGCCAACCCUCAUCGCCCAAGGCGCCGAAGCACGCCUCUACAAAACAACCUACCUCGUGCCAUCGCUCCCCUCAGCGCUCAAAUACCGCCCGCCCAAGCCAUGGCGCCACCCCGCCCUCGACGCGCGCCUGACGCGCCACCGCAUCCUCGCCGAAGCCCGCGUGCUAGCGCGGUGCCGACGCGCCGGCGUCCCCGUCCCCGCCGUAUACGCCGUCGACGAGGCGGCCGGGUGGCUAGCCAUGGAGUGGGUGGCGGGCCCGCCCGCCCGUGCCGCGAUCAACGAGUGGUUGCGGCGGAGGAAGGAUGCUGAGAAGGCGACGGCGGGCGAGGGGGGCGCGGUUCCGGUUACGGGGGAGAAGGAGGGAGAUGCGGACUUGGUGGCGCUGAUGCGGCGGAUUGGAAGCGCGGUGGGACGGAUGCAUGGCGUGGGUGUUGUGCAUGGUGAUUUGACGACUAGUAAUAUGAUGUUGCGGCCGUGGGAGAAGGGUCGGGAGCCGGCGAACGGGCACGCGGGAGGCGGUGGUAGUGAUGGGUUGCUGGAUGGGGAUAUCGUGAUUAUCGAUUUCGGUCUUGCGAGCCAGAGUACGUCCGACGAAGACCGCGCUGUGGACUUGUAUGUUCUGGAGAGAGCGUUCGCUAGCACACACUCUCGCGCAGAAAAGUUAUUUACGGCUAUGCUGGAGAGCUCGUAUAGGGACGCUUUCAAACAAGCGCCCGUGGUCUUGAAAAAGCUCGAGGAGGUUAGGAUGAGAGGGCGUAAGAGAAGUAUGAUAGGGUAAAGCCACAAAAAUUAAUUAUAUUCGACGAGUAAUUCGAUGCCAUAAAAUGAUAUUAGGGAGAUCAAAUUAGGUGUGCUCGCUCUGAAGAUAGAUGCAUAAUUA